AGACAGCAACUCUCCAUUCGGAUGACGUUUCUCACACUUCUGCCUCUUCACUCUCUGUUCUCUCUUUGAGUGAGGAAAAAGGAAGAAGAAAGAGUAGUAGAAGGAGAAGAGCAAAAAAUGGACGUGUCUCGCUUUUCGAUUCCUUCUUCUUCGACUCCUCUUCUCUUCUCUCCGUUCACUAAGAACUCUAUUCUCAAGAAAAACCCUAACUCCCUCCCGGUUUUCUCCAGAACCCGGCGUUUCAAACUAUCCGUCGCCCGCAAUUCGUCAUCCGCGACGUCGGAAUCUCCGCCAGACACGAAAACGAGGUCGAGUUCCGAAAUCUUCGGCCCCGAGCUGCAGCUCUCUGGAUUUCAGAAACUUGUCGAUGCUGUCCCCCUCACAGCGCGAUACGCGGGGUCGGCUGUCGUGGUGGCUGGAGCCCUUGCGGCUGGCUAUGCGUUAGGGUUUCGCAUUAAGGGGACACAGGUUGCCGCUGUGGGUGGUGCUGUUGCUCUCGGGGCUGUUGGUGGAGCGGCAGCCUUCGUGGUGAACUCGGCGGCACCGGGGGUGGCGGCAGUGAAUUUGCAUAAUAAGGUGGCGGCUUGCGAUGAUCCGGAGUUGCUGAACAAGGAGGAAAUCGAGGAACUAGCGAGGAGAUAUGGAGUGAGCAAACAGAAUGAGGAGUUCAAUGCCGAGCUUUGCGAUUUAUACAACAGGUUUGUGUCGUCUGUCAUUCCACCUGGCAGUGAAAGCCUCCAGGGUGAUGAAGCUGACAAGAUUGUCAAAUUCAAAAAUGCUUUAGGCAUCGAUGACCCAGACGCAGCUAAUGUGCAUAUGGAAAUAGGAAGGCGCAUCUAUCGACAGAGACUGGAAACCGGGGACCGUGAUGCAGAUGUUGAACAACGGCGGGCAUUCCAGAAAUUGGUUUAUGUUUCAAAUCUAGUAUUUGGAGAAGCUUCAACAUUCCUGUUGCCUUGGAAGCGUGUUUUCAAGGUCACUGAUGCUCAGGUUGAAGUUGCCAUUCGGGAUAAUGCUCAGAGGUUGUAUUCGGUGAACCUACGCUCGAUUGGGCGAGAUGUCAACGAGCAACAGCUGAUUGAUCUAAGAGCAGCACAGCUUCGAUAUAAACUUUCCAAUGAGAUUGCUGCUGACUUGCUUAUGGAGCACAAUAGGAAGCUUGUUGAAGAAAAUAUAUCAGCUGCACUUGAUAUGGUGAAGUCUAGAUCAAGAAUCAAAGAGUCGGCUGUUGUCAGUGAACUUGAGAAGAUUUUAUCAUUCAAUAAUCUGCUUAUCUCAUUGAAGAACCAUCCUCAGUUCAAUCUUUUCCCUCCUGGAAUUGGGCCUGUUUCUUUAUUGGGUGGUGAAUAUGAUGGUGACAGAAAGAUAGAUGACCUAAAGCUGUUGUACCGGGCAUUUCUAACAGAAGCUUUAUCUGAUGGGCACAUUGAAGAGAAAGAGCUUUCUGCAUUGAACCAUCUGAGAAAUAUAUUUGGCUUAGGAAAACGUGAGACAGAGGCCAUUAUGCUUGAAGUUACAUCAAAGGCCUACCGUAAACGGCUUUCACAGGCAGUCACUCGGGGCGAUUUAGAGAUUGCAACUAGCAAAGCAGCAUUCCUUCAGAAUUUGUGUGAUGAAUUACGUUUUGAUCCACAAAAGGCUAGUGAAAUCCAUGAAGAUAUAUAUCGACAGAAGCUACAGCUUGCUGUAAGUGAUGGUGCACUCAGUGAUGAUGACGUUGCUUCUUUGCUUCGGCUUCGAGUUCUUCUAUGCAUUCCACAGCAAACCAUUGAUGCAGCACAUGCAGAUAUCUGUGGUAGCUUGUUUGAGAAGGUUGUGAGAGAUGUCAUCAAUGCCGGUGUUGAUGGAUAUGAUGAUGAUCUCAAGGCAAGAGUAAGGAAGGCUUCUCAGGGUUUAAGGUUGACAAGGGAUGCUUCCAUGGCUAUAGUCAGCAAGGCGGUUCGAAAGGCAUUUGUGAACUUUGUGAAGAGAUCUAAGGCUGUUGGCAAUGGAAUUGAGGCAGCAAAAGAGCUGAAGAAGAUGGUUGCCUUUAACACGGUGGUUGUAACAGAAAUGAUAGCUGACAUCAAGGGAGAAUCUCCUGCUUCUGAAUCAGAGCCGAUUGAGGUAGAACACAAACCGAUUGAGGAAGAAGAGCCUGAAUGGGAAUCUAUAGAGACACUGAGAAAGACAAGACCUGACAAGGAGCUUCAAGCAAAACUUGGAAAACCAGGACAGACAGAAAUUACAUUGAAGGAUGAUCUAUCAGAAAGGGAGAGAGCUGAUUUGUACCGAACAUACUUGUUGUACUGCAUCUCGGGAGAGGUCACUGUUGUACCUUUUGGGGGUCAGAUCAUCACAAAGAAGGAUGAUUCAGAGUAUUUUCUGUUGAAUCAGCUUGGGCAAAUUCUAGGGAUGAGCGGGAAAGAAGUGGUUGAUGUUCAUAGAAACUUAGCAGAGCAGGCUUUCAGUGAAAAGGCUCGUGUAAUCCUUGCUGAUGGGCAGCUGACCAAGGAACGAAUUGAGCAACUGAAUGAGGUGCAGAAGCAGGUUGGGUUGCCCUCUGAGUUGGCUCAAAAAGUCAUCAAGGGUAUUACCACAACAAAAAUGGCGGCUGCAAUAGAAACAGCUGUUAGCCGAGGAAGAAUCACAAUUAAGCAGGUCAGAGAACUGAAAGAAGCAAAUGUGGAUUUGGACAGCAUGAUCUCAUUACACUUGCGUGAGAAUCUCUUCAAGAAAACAGUGGACGAGAUAUUCUCUUCAGGAACAGGAGAGUUUGACGAUGAGGAGGUGUAUGAAAAAAUUCCAGCCGAUCUUGGUAUUGAUGUUGACAAGUCGAGAGGAGUGGUUCAUGAAUUAGCAAAGAACCGGCUAUCUAAUUCACUGCUUCAAGCUGUGGCCUUGCUGCGCCAGAAAAACCAGGCAGGAGUGGUCUCGUCACUUAAUGACAUGCUAGCAUGUGAUAAGGCUGUUCCUUCUGAACCACUGCCAUGGUCUGUGCCUGAGGAGCUCGCUGAUCUUUUCUGUAUCUACCUGCAUAGUGAGGCACCUGAGGAUAAAGUCUCACGUUUGCAGUAUCUCCUGGGGAUCAGUGAUACGACUGCUGCAGCUUUGCGGGAAAGGGGACUACCAUCAAUGGGAGCAGAAGAAGAGUUUGUGUUCUAAAACAAAAUUUUGAAGGCUUUGUUAUGCUCUCUUUUGUGGGUUGUAAUUUUUUGUAUAAAACUCCAUAGAACAGAUUUUCCAGAUUUCUGUCUUUGUGGGGAUUUGAAUAUGUGGUCAAUUGAAUUUCAAAAAAUAAGUAAUGCAUUC